CUACACCAACACACUUGCAUCCGGCUAUUGAGUAACACCAGCAAGCCACAGUGUCAUGUGUGGCUGGUCCAGGCUGAGUACGUUGCACUUACGCCGCCUUCUUCACCGUGUGUGGACUCCAGUAUUGUCACAUAUAUUAUAUGUGGAAUAUCGUGAUCUGUAAAGUUAUUUAUCAAGUGUCUAGUAUGAAAAGAUUUCAAACUUUUGGUAUCCUUUCCUUUUUGAUUUGCAGAAAUUGAUCUGGUCUUCAAGUGCUUGAUGGAGUUGCACGAGUAUAAUUUUGUAAAUCAUGGUAAACAAGUGUGAAGAUAACUUUGAAGAGCGAAUGUGGUGGUGAAGAUAUGGUCUUUGUGUAGCGUUGUUACAUGUGAGUACGAUGAUGACUGACCAGGAACACAAUGAGAGGCCGCUCUUGACUGAGAGUAACACCGACACUACCACCGACACUACCGCCGACACCACAACCACCACCACUUCAUACUGUGGUGGUGUGAGAAGGUUACUAGCCGCCAUCACCCUUGAACCCGCUGUUUUUUUUUACGUCCUUGGGUUAGAUUUAGAUGUUGUCUUCGUCAAGAACUUGUGGGUUGACAAGACAUGCCUCCUUCACUUCAAUUUCAGCGAAGACAUUUGUACAAACCUGCCUAGCGGCAAAUUCCCAGAUGAACAGAACGCCGUUCACCGGCAGGUGACCCGCUACACCUUGUACUGUGCCAUAGUGCAACACGUACCUGCCGUAGUGGUCGUUAUGGUGCUGGGGGCCUGGAGCGACCUCCGCGAUCGCCGCCUGCCCAUCCUCGUGCCUAUGAUGGGUUACUUCCUCAUGGCUCUAGGUCUCUUCGCCAACUCCUACUGGUGGUUCCUGCAACCGGAGAUCCUUUUAUUAUGCUUCGUGCCAGUUGGCCUCACGGGGGCAGUUAUGGCAAUCUACAUGAGUGUUUCAGCUUAUAUUAGUGCUGACUCAGACGAAAAGAUGAGAACUACACGUAUGUCUGUAGUUAUGGUGAUAGUGCCAAUUGCUGCCACACUAGGCAGAGGUCUAGCACUGAUGCUGUUCACACAUAGUGGCUACGUGGCGGUGUUUGGCACACAGUCAAUCCUGUGUGCAGUUGCAAUUGUGUACGUGAUGCUGCGACUUAAGAAACGACCUGAAAGUGUCAGCAUCGAGACAACUCCGCCAGGGGCGUCGGAGGUGCUGGAGGUGCUUAGUCCUGCUCGCUUGAGGAAAACGGUGCAGGUAGCCUGCCGGGGACGUGAAGGGAGUGUGAGACUUAACAUCUUUGGUCACAUCGCAGUCAUCUGGCUUUUUUUGUUUACUGCUGGGUCGGCCCAAUACGACUUCCUCUACACUCGGAAGAAGUUCUCCUGGAACUUCCAGACAUACUCUGUCUGGAGCCUCGUCGACACGCCCCUCGCUGCUACAGGGACACUGGUGGUCCUGCCGGUGUUGAGUUACCGGUGGAAAGUGGGGGACUCCCUUCUCGGCUUCGUUGGAGCCGUCUCUAUGAUCUUCAACUUUGUCCUGCGAGCGACAGCUCCGGAGUCCUGGAUCCUCUACCUAGCGUCGGUGAUGGGCGUGUGUUCCGGCAUGGUGGUGGUGUGCUCCAGGGCAGCCAUUUCCAAGCUGGUCAACAAGGACGAGUUGGGAGCCGUCUUCGCUCUCUCGGGUGCUGGCGAGGCGGUAAUCCCCAUCGUGUCUUCAGCCAUGAUGACGCCCAUCUAUAAUGCCACUCUCGACAUCUUCCCGGGAACUGUGCUCGUCCUGGCCGCCGGCGUCAGCGUCAUCAUCGCCGCCUUAUAUGUGUGGAUGAUGACCUCAAGCUCCAGUACUCGCCGGGAGGUGGUGUCCAGCAGUAUUGAUGACUGACUUGGUGUGAUAAUCAAGGUAGUGUGGUGAGGACGCCCUCGUAGGUCAUCAGAGCUCAUAAACUGUUAAGUGAAUACCGAUUAAGCCGCCAUGGUAGAAUAAGAGAUAGUUAUGUCGUAAGUUGACACUAAAGUGCGCGUGACCUCUGACCAUCGAACUUCGUACUACUUUCCUCGUUUGGAUUAGUUGUUGACGUUCAGAGAAGAGAUGAAACUGAUAUGAUGAAGGCAUCAUACUUGCCCUGAGUGGAGAGGAAUACAAUCUAUAACACGUUUUGUAAACGUGUAAAUUUAUCUCAUGAAGAAAUAUGUCUUGAGCUGACGUCGUUUCAUUAUAACUAUUAUUUCUAAACUGAAACAAGCAAGGUUUUUGUUGACAAUAAACAGUAUUACUAUUU